AUGGCCUGUCGUGUCACACUGCGUCUGUGUAUCUUCAGAACCAUCAUCACCAACAGCACCGCAGCCGGCAGUGCUGCAUCCCCCGAGCUGAUUCGCAAUGCACCAUUGAUUCUACCGCACUAUGACAUUGCCAUGCUGAUGGCCAACUCGCUGCUGUCCGUAAUCAUCCGGAACGCCUUGAAUCAAUUCUAUUGCCAUUUCUCCCUCAGUUACACCGCCAGUCCCAAUUGGCCGGGAUGCCCAAUCCCUCAGCUUACUCCGGCACUGAAAGUCGUGUCACCUACACCUGCUUGA